AAUGUCCAUACCAAUUACCAUGUGCGUUCGCGCUCACAAAUACUGAUCAGAAAUUUUAAAAACUAAAAUUAUUAUUUAUAUAACUCGUCCGGGUCCAUUGUAAUUUUAGUUUUCACGUUAUAAAAUUGAUUCGUCAUGGAGCCCUUUGAUCAAGUACUGAAAAAUGAUCCCUGCCAUUCUAGACCUUUUAGCGCAAUCGAUGUGGAUUCGUUUAUUUCAAGCCGCAAUCAAGAAAUGCAAAUAUUGUUAAACGAAAUAAAUGUCCCGAAAAAAAAUAACGCUAUGAUAUUUCAACGUCUUCCAAAGAAGAUGCGCCGUCGUGUAAUGAGUACGACAGUGAAAAGAAUGCCGAGGAACUUGAGAGCUGCUCAUAAGAAAUCUAUCGACAAACAAGUAAACAAACAUGUGAGACGGAGAAAAGACCAUAGACGUAAACCAAAAAGUAAGAAAUUAGACUAUAUUCGUCGUCAGAAAAAUGGAACAUGGUUGGAAACCCAUGUAUGGUUUGCAAAGCGAUUCCAUAUGGUCGUUAAAGAUGGAUAUAAACUUCCGAAGAGUUCACAUGAUAAAACUUACCGUGCAUGUUUUAGAGCAAUUGGAAGCCAUUGUUUAGUUCAGGACAUAUCAUACAUAAGUUGUCUUGAGCUAAAAGGACCGUUUAAUCAACUACUUGAAGGUUUAAUGCAUCAUGUUAGUCAAGAAUGUGGUCGUACUUUUAAAGCUAAAUGUUAUGAAAAUGGUACAAGAGAAGGUACAGUUUUCAUGUACCGCAACGAUACUUAUCCUUUUGGAGCUAUCGGUCGAGUGUCGUUUAUUUGGGAUACUAAUUCUUCGCAACAAAUUAGGACAUUGUGGAUGUGGUCGGAUCCUUCUAUUUAUAAAGAAUUAGCAGACGAAUUACAAAUGACUUUUGAUUUGGUACAAAAAUCUGUAAUCAAAGAGCUAGUGGAACCCCCAGCUAUUAAAAAACCGAAGCUGACUGAAAAAUACAAUGUGCAGUUGUUACAAACUCCGUGCUUUGUUAACGGCACCAUGAAGAUGACAUUGUUAAAAGAUACUUUGAAUCGUUUUCGUUUAACCGGACCAUUAUCAAAUAGCGUUUUAAGCCGCUUAUUGUACCCAGGUGCAUCGAUUAAACCAAAUACUGUUGACAAGGAAAAUUGGUGGUUGAUUCAUCAAAACAAGUUUAAAGAUUCACUUAAAAUACAAAAGCAACUCUGGGAAUCCUUUAGCGGUGCGGACAGGCCAGAUUCGUAUCCAUCUAAUUGUGUUAUUGGUUGUAAUACAGUCGAUCCAAGACUGGUGUUUCCAAAAAAAAGGACAAAAGCUGUACCAACUUCUAAAGAAUUUUUACUGUCGGAUAACUUCAGUGUGUCAUUGCCGCCGGAAGCUAGUUUUUCGCAAAUUUGGGAUCCAAAGGUGCGUGAUUGGACGACUCGAAAUAAAGUUCCAAACAACAAAUUGAAUGAGUUACGUAGUAAGUGCGUAAUAUCAGAUAACGAUACAAUCACUUUGGGUGAAAAUACAUUAUCUAUUAUUCCUACGCUGUUAAUUCAACGACCCGGGCAAUGUUUGUCAACUUCUAGACCUGGAUAUGGUAGUGGUUGGGAUAUUGUGUUUCCCGCUGGCUGGGCUAUGCCGUUCUGGUUAGGUUUAAUUAUAAACGGCUGUCAGCCAGGCGGCAUGAGAGAAACCAAUACAAUGGUUUUAGAGCGCUGUUUACUCCAGUUGGCGCAUGAUCCCGAUACAGAAGCUGGCAAAUUAAAAUCAAUUUUAGAGAAGCGGGAAGCAAUGGAAAAGCAUUUCAAACUACCACCACAGAUGCGAAUCAACUACAUAAAAUUAGGUUUUAAAACUCCAUUUCAUUGUGCCUGGGAUAGUCUGUGCAGAGAAUGGAAAUUUAGCACGAUUGAAGUAUUUGUACUAAGGAAUAUAAAAAUAAUAGGAAUAUUACAAAAAUAUAUUCUAAAAUUGAACAAACCUUUAGAUACGAAUAGUUUGAAAAACGAAUUUCCAAAUAUUGAAAAUUGUUUGAUAUCCGUACGAGUUAAUUUGUCUUUCAAAGGAGUUUUAAAGCCAAAUUCACAUAUUUGCCUACCGACGCCUGAGGACAUGGACAAUAUCAUCGGGAGUAAAUCACACUUAGGCCCUGUAGAAAAUACGCAUAAAGAUUUAAAUGCGACCAAUCGUAAAGUCUACCGGUUGGAGCAUAAAAAGUUUUUGAAAAUGUUACGACGGAAACGAGUUUUGGAAAAAAGCAAACGAAAUGUUUUGUGUUUAAGACAAAAACGAAUUACAUCUCCAACGUCUCAAAUAGUGAAAGAAUAUUUGGCGCAAAUGAAAAAGUUAUGGAUUCCCGAAGAAGAACAGAACAUUAAACAAAGUUGUGAUCGUACAAUAUUAGGUUUUAUUAAUAACAGCCACUAUAGUUUUACGGACGCUCAUUGUGUCGGUAUGGGAUACAUACCUGGUCCCGCUCUUCUAGAAUUAUUCAACCUUUGGGUUCAAUCAAAAUCUAAACUACCCUACGUACUUGUUAGAAACCCAUUUACCCUUCAGUAUCGAUUUGCUCUAUUGAGUAUAGGAAGUUAACGUUCUAUGUAAUAUAUCGUUUGAACUUCAUACAUUGUACAGUAUGACUUAAAUGGAAUUCUGUACUUAUUAUUGUAAUUUUUAAUUGGAAAGUAAAUGUUGAUUUGGUUUUUUAUGUUUCUUAUAAGCAUGUUGAUAUCUUGAUUACCAUUAUAUUAAAAAUCCACCAAUAACCUAUGUGUCCUAAAAUUUUUAUUGGGUUUUAAAAUUAGUCUACUAGAAAAAUCGUGUGAUGUUCAGAACAGACGAAAAAUUCAGAAUCAAAGUUCAAUAAAAUGAUAUAUCAAUUUUAUAACAAAUAUAGCUUUGGUGAGAAGCAUUUUUGGUUUUACAAUGAUGGUUUUUUUUUAACCUCUUUAAAUAUUAGCAAAACUUACAUAACACAUUAUAAUUGUGAUUUAUUUUUUAACAAGGCAUUGAGUAAUAGAGUUUAUUACCAAAUAGUAGUGUUGGAAAAAAAAAAGAGUCCACAAAUAACUGGUGAAUAAAGCCUUUAAGUAUUAUACUAAUAAUGUUAUAGUAGUAAUUAUCCGUUACUACUAGUUUUAGCAAAAUGUAAUCAAUUUACGAAGAAUUUUACUUUUUUAUGAAUUAAACUAAAAAUCAUUCAACAUAAGGACAUAAUUUACAAUCUUUAC